AUGAACCAGACCUUCUGGAAAACCUACAAAUCCAAAGUGCUACAGACUCUGAGCGGGGAAUCUGAGGAGGAACUGGCAGAGGAGAAGGAGAAUCCCGCCUUAGUGGAGCCUGAGACAGCAGAACCGACCCCAGAGGCCUUGAAUCCCAUGUCACAGCUGGCCCGCCGGGUUCAGGGGGUCGGGGUGAAAGGCUGGCUGACAAUGUCAUCUCUGUUUAACAAAGAAGAUGAGGACAAGCUGCUGCCACCGGAACCCUGUGCUGACCACCCGCUAGCGGCGCGGCCCUCCUCGCAGGCAGCGUUGGCAGAGGCAGAGGCGGAGCCGCGCGGGCCAGGAUUCUGGGAUGCGUUUGCCAGCAGGUGGCAGCAGCAGCAGGCAGCCGCCGCGUCUGUGCUGCGCGGUGCGGAACCCACCCGGGAGCGGGACCUCGAAGCUGGGGACGAGGCUACCGAGGAGGCCACUGAGGAGGCUGCCCAGCGCGCCGAGCCGCAGGAGGCCGACACGGCCGCUGACUUCAAGUGGGGCUUCCUCACUCACAAACUGGCUGAGAUGAGGUUGAAGGUUGCGCCCAAAGGUGACUAG